GGUGCACGGCCGUGCAAUCUUCAGGGCCUGCCCGUGCAGCUCCUCGGCAUGAGGCGCACGGCCAGCUUGCAACCGUGCACGGCCGUGCAGCCUCCCUGGUCUGCCCGUGCAGCUCCCAAAAACCUCGCCAUUCGUCCGUUCUUCGUCCAAUCGACCCCAGACUCGCUCCUAAGCCUUCAUUCACGUACUAGGACCUGAAACAUCACAAACAAGCACAACCUAGCGUGAAAUCGGCCUAAAACACGAGAAUCAACACCUCAAACGGUGUAAGAAUGGGGGUAAAAACAUGUGUAAAUGACGGUCUAUCAAGAGGCAUGAUAGGGUCACUGUUGUACUUAACUGCAAGCAGGCCGGACAUCAUGUUUAGUGUGUGUCUUUGUGCUCGGUUUCAGAGUUCUCCUAGAGAAAGUCAUCUCUCAGCAGUAAAGAGAAUUUUCGGAUACUUAGGAGGAACUGCGUCUCUAGGACUCUGGAACUCUACUCAGUCCAGCUUAGAUCCGGUAGGUUACAGCGAUUCAGACUUCGCAGGUAGUCUUACCGAUAGGAAAACACUUCUGGUGCUUGUCAUUUCCUAGGAUCAUCUCUAGUUUCUUGGUUUAGCAAAAAACAAAACUCUGUAGCCUUGUCUACUGCUGAGGCUGAGUAUGUGGCAGCCGGAUCAUGCUGUACCCAACUGAUCUGGAUAAAGUAUCAAUUGCAUGAUUUUGGUGUUAAGUGUGAUAAUCCCAUGCCAAUUUUGUGUGACAAUACGAGUGCAAUAAACAUCGCCAAGAACCCGAUUCAGCACUCAAGAACUAAACACAUAGACAUCAGGUUUCACUUCAUUAGAGAGUUAGUUCAAGAAAAUAAAAUUUGCUUAGAAUUUAUCCCCUCACAGUUUCAGUGGGCAGACAUUUUUACCAAGCCUUUAGGUACCGAGCAAUUUGCUGUCAUUAGAAGGGAAUUAGGACUAUUUCGGUUUGAGGAUGUGUGCUAGUUCAAACAUUUUUCAAGUCUCACUAUGGAUGCAGAGAAGGUUCCCAUAAGCCCAUGACAAUUUCAGGCAAGUCUCUGCUCUCUUACUCAUCUAAAGGAAACCCGAGUAAGUCUUCUCAAAACCUUCCUUUUUAAAAUUUGACAGCUCUGUGAUUUGAUUCUCUAUCACAUCUCAGUCUUUGGGCAGUAGGUUGAAUUGUUAUGUUAAGUCUGAAUGAUCUUGUGGUAACUUCACUGCCAUCAAUCUUAAUCUUCCUAUUCUUCAUCUAACUGAUUUGAUUCUCAUAAUUACUAUUCAUCCCUUCUGGUCUACACCUUCUUCUAUUUAAACCUUCUUCUCGGAUUCAUUUCUCCUCACCAAUCAACUCUCUUCCAAACAUCCGAUCAAACUCCCUCAAAAUGGCGUUCAACCCCCAGGUCUCUCUCAUCAUUGCUCGUGCCUCUGUUUUCACAAACAAGGUGUGUGAGAAUCCUGAGGAUUACCCUCGCUAUCUGCGUUACUUUUGUCAUAGGCGACUGAUCCCAUCCUAUACCCUAGAGCCUGCCACUUUCUCUAGAUAUCGGCUGAGGGUGGAAGAGCUCAUUCAAGCUCUUGGCUGGAGCUCAGUGAUGGAGCAGCAGCGAUUUACCUAUUGUCCCGAGGCAGUUCGUAUGUUCUAUGCGAGCCUUCGUAGAGACCACAAUCCUCGUCCAGCCUUCUUCUCCUCAACUGUGUAUGGUUUCAGCCAUACUGUCACCGUGGAGUUGUUAUCUCAGACCCUGCAGCUCUCCACUGAAGGAAGAUCACUCAUGAGUGAGCAUGAUUUUUAUCUCUACCUAUUAAACCCGAAAGAUGCCAUCGCUCGGCUUACAUCUGUCAAACCAAGUGACUCGAAUUCCACUAUGCUCUGUCAUCUCACUGAUGAAUUGAUAGUGCUACACUUCUAUAUUACCCGUAUCUUUCUCCCUCGCACUGUCCAUCAGUCUGUGGUCACGCCUCUGGAUCUCUGGAUCAUGUCUAAUGCAGUGUCAAAUCGAAAGCUUAGCCUGCCUCAUCUCAUGUUCCAUCACAUGAUCACUUAUAGUGAUAUCAACAAUGCUGGGUAUCUCCCUUAUGGUCCUCAAAUCACUAGGUAUCUUCGCUGUCUAGGAGCUGAUCUUGAUGACAAAGUUCAGCUUGUCAAUGUUUUGGACACUCUACGAGCUCAGCAUGUACUGCGACGGGUAGACGCUUCAGUUGGCGUUCGCACACCUCGCAAUGGCCAAGGGGGAGUAAAAUCAAAAUCAAAGGACCAAGGAAAGAGGAAGUUGGGAGCUUGGAUUAAGGGGGAGGCUUCGAAGUCGCAGGGAAAAGGCACCCAGAUCGAUUCUCGUCCAAAAACAGCAGGGAAAAGUAUCAAAAUCAGGGCCAAGAUGCCAGAAAAUCCACCCCUGGAGCUUGAGGAACCCGAGGAAGAUCCUGAAGAAGUUAUGGAGGACAACUUCUCUGAAGAAGCUAUCUCGGACUAUGAGUCCGAUCUGGAAUAUGACUUCUAGUCCCCUGCGUUUGAGUGUUGGAGAGGGCACGCUUUUCUUUUAGAAAUUUUUGCUGGGAUAAUGAUUGUGUUUGGUCUGAAUUUUGAACUCUUUUGAGUUUGGAUUGAGUUUUGGUUAACGAUGCUUAUUUAUAAGGUUUGUUAACAAAGCUAUUCUUUUUCUGCUCAAUGUCCUGUCGAAGUAUUCUUGUGUUUGAUUUUGCAGAAGGUGGUCAUUGCUAAGCUGGGGGGGAGAAUGUUGAGAGCAGCUUUGCAAUAGUACUCAGCAAAAUCCACAAGAGCGCAAUCUGGAAAUCAGCUCUCACCUCAAGGGAAUAUCCAAUAGACAACAGCUGGAAGAAGAUAUGGGAAAUCUGUCUCAAACCGUCAACAACACACAUAUGGAAAGAAGAAGAACAGGCAAGGAAAGGAAUUGAUUCUGGUCUAACGGCUAUAGAGACGAGAUGAAUAUAAAUAGAGGUGGAACUUAGUAUGCAGAGCAGACGUUUCAUUGUAAUCAAAUCAGACAGCUGCAAGAGUGUGAGCAAAAGGGUUUGAGUUAAAAGUCAGCACAAGAACGGUGAGGGUUUCUGGGUACUGGUACAAGGGUGUAUCAGGUGGUUUCUAUUAGCAGGAUUGCUGAUAGGUUCAGAUACGCUUCGUCGAUCGAGCAGUGUGCAGAUCGAACGAAAGUGUAGUGUGUAUACUGUAAGUGAGCUUCAAGAUCAAUUUCCUAGUGGAUCGUCAGAAAUCGCAAAAGAGCGAUUCUCUGACCGUGGAUUUGUCGGUGUUAGGUUCAUUAACACCUAACAUCGGAUACCACGUAAAAAUUCCGGUGGGUUGCUUCUUUUCAGUUACUAGCGUGUUCUGCCGAAUUUGUUUUGCUAUGCUCUGCUUUUGCUUCUGGGUUUAAGUUAAGUUGCAGGGGAGGCAGAUCCGACUGGUGGGAGAGGAGUGGAGAAGGUUGGUUUGACAUUAGUGAAACGGUGAGGAUUAGGUUACAGGUAAAGUGGGCUUAUUAGAUUAGGAUACAUAGUUUGGGCCUUAAGUUUAACCCACGACAGAGUAGAAGCCCAUUCUCCUUUGGCCACACCACAAACACGAGAAGGGAAGGAGUUUUCAUUUCUAUUCGAUCAAAACAGUUUCCUUACCAAAGUUCUUCACUUGCUCUGGGCAAAAGUUUCGAAUAGGUUUUUGCAGGAAACAGUUGAAUCAAAGCAAAACAAACAGGGAAGAAGCAGGUGCAUCUCGCGCUCGACGCCACCUAUAGUAUUUGAGUAUAUCUAUACCCGUCCCUUUUUUUAGGAUUACGGGUACUCAAAUACCCAUAUUUUUUUAUGGGAUAGGACUUGGGAUCAAGAAUCGCUACUUUGGAUAUGCGCGGAUUACCCGUUAAUAGCCGUUUGGGUAUUACGAACGGGUACCCGUGAUACCCAUUAUUAGUCCAAAGUUAAAUGAAUCGAGUACAUCAGAAAUAGCAAAGCAGAUAGAGAUUUCCCCUCGUUAUUCAGCAACUUGAAAAUGAAGUGCUCAAAGUAUAAUUGGGUAGCAGAAGAGUCUGAUACCCUCACUCUUACCACAAUCUCUCUCGGCUCUGGUAAUUUCAUGGGGAAAAGCACCAGUAAGAAAAUAACACUUGCUUU